AUGGCGCCCGCCACGGUGUCUUUUGAGGCUGUGGGCAUCGAGUCGGCAAUGGCCGAUGCCGUCAGGGUGGCUGGCUUCUCUAGGCCAACUGCGGUUCAGGCGAUGGGGAUGCCAGCCAUAUGUGAGGGAAAAGAUGUUGUUCUUGCUGCUGAGACAGGCAGUGGUAAGACACUGGCAUAUUUGGGACCAAUAGUUGAUCGAAUUGCCCAAGGGAAGCAAGAGCUUGAAGAAGGAGGAGAAAAGUGA